AUGGCCUCGACCUAUGAUCUUGUGAAUUAUGACUCUGACGAGGAGAGAGAGAAGUAUCCCCAAAUCCCCGGCUCCAAUCUCGCUUCUGCUGCUUUCUUUAUGGCUGGGCUGUUGGACCGAGCUGGGAUUCCUUAUGGGCUGAUGGGUGGUCUUGCGGUCUCAUACUUGGGAGGUAAACGUGAGACCAGAGACGUUGAUAUGGCAUUUCAAGCACCUGGAAAGAUGCGAGACAUGUGGAGAAUUGUGGAGGCCGAACCGCGUUUGAUCAUUCCGAACACCAGAUUGAUCAGUAAUAUUUUGAAGGUAUUCGUCCGCACUGGCCCGGGUUACGACAACUGCGUGGUGGCAUUGCCUGUAGAGGUUGACCUUAUCGAAAGUGGUAAGCGUGGCUAUACGAAGCAUGUUCAAUCCCUUCUCACCAAAAACAAAAUCUAG